ACAAUUGAAAUAGAUGAUUUAUGAGGAUUGAAUUUUCCAGAGAUCAUUUUCAGUGUCAAAGUAAACAUUUGUCUGUGUAUUUACUACAUUGUUAUAUAAUUUGACAGACGUUCAGAAUCGAACAACUCUGAGCAUCGUCCUUGACCUAUUUAACAGCAAAAGAUUCAAAGAAAGGUCAAUCUGAGUCGAGGAUGAAUAGAUGAGGAUGAAGUGAGAGAUGUUUCGGAUAUCAAACGAUUAACAUCAAAAGUAAUGCCACUGUUUUACAAUUAGUUCACAUUGAGACAAAAAAUCAACCAUUUGUUAAAACAUGUCCUGUCUUUGUAUAAGUUAAUGUUUUUUUUACCAAUAGGUGACUCGCACAGUAAAGUAAACAGAAAAUAAAAUUCUUCAAACAUCAUCAGAUGAGACAUGAAAAAAUAUAAUCUAAAUAAAUGAAAAACAACAGAAAAAUAUCAACAAUAUAAACAUCAUUCAACAGCUUUCUGGCAACUCUGUCUUCCAAGACUUCUCCUUAUUUUAGGUAUCAAACCAGAUUGGAGAGAUAGAGAGAGUGAGAGAAAGAGAAAGAGAAGGAGGGAGAAAAGGGGAGAAAAGACCAGUUGGUUACUAAUCUUUCUACAGUUAACAACGCUAAGCAGUCAUCAUCAUCAUCAUCAACAACAACAAUAACAGUAACAGUAACAACAGCAACACAUUUUGCUCCUCUCUCGAUCUUUAUAACAUCUUCUCGAUCAAAUCAGUAAACCUAUUCUCAUCUUGCAUCUAUUGUUACAAUUUACUUAAUUCAAAAUGGAUUCGGAAGAAGAAGAAAAAAUUCUGAUGACCACAACUCGUCCUGCUGCUGGACAUACAAUAUUGAAAAUUGAAAGAUUGACUGCUGCUCAAUUGGAUGAGAAUGGAGCCAUGCAUGUUGGUGGUGGUGACAAUAAAGGUAUCAUUAUUAAUCGCCCGGGAGUUACCGUCAAAAGUGAUCUUGAUGGUAAAGUAGCUCACCUUAGCUUGUCAUUUAAAGUAUUUCUUGUUAACUCAUCAACUACAAAUGUCCAUGUUGAGGAGCACCGAAGUCUUAAAUUUUGGUUCAAAGAAGGAAUAACUGAAAACGAUCAACUAAUGACUGCCCAAGAAUUUUUUCGUGAUCUAGUCAAUCCAAGUGAUUUUCCGCGUGAUUAUGUUGGUUUCAUUAUGAAGGUUAUCAAGCUAUUACAGCGUAAAUAUUUAACCAUUAGACAAGUACAACUGGAUAUGAAACAAUCUGAAGAGAAAAGUGAAUUACCAAGUCGCCCGGACUCGAUGGCAACCGUUAUUAACCUGGAUAGUUUUGGUAAUGAUUGUGAUAAAUCUCCACUUGAUUUACCGAUUCCUCAGAUUCAAUCAUCAGCUCAAUCACAUUUCACCAAUGGUGAUUUAAAUGAUUGUCUCAUUGGCAAUCAUAACUCAUUUGUACCACAAUCCAAUGGUUCUGACUCUUCAGUUGAACACGACAAAGUUUCCGUGGAUGAAGCAGCCUUGGGAUCGCUCGUUGAGUUAACUCAAGCUCGAGUCUUGGAGAUUAUUGAAUCAUCUUAUCCAAAUGUAGUUACCUUGGAAGACAUUGUCAAGACUACUAAUUCAACAGAGGAGGAGGUUAACUUCCACAUCACUGAUCUUAUCUCCAAAAAUAUCAUUGAACCAAUGGAUAACCUUGGUUUUAUCCGGGUCAACCGGAAUGAUACCCAAGUUAAAAUGGUUAAGCAAAUGCCCAAAGUACAAAAAUCACAGCAACCAACAAUUGCCAUAAUAACAGCUCAAUAUUGUGAAAAGCUGGCAGUUGAUGCCAUGAUUGAAGAUAAAGACACUUAUGUUAAAUAUAAGACGGAAGGUGAAUCGAAUGUUUACACUUUAGGUACAAUUGGAAAACAUCGAGUUGUCUCUACGAAACUUCCAACCAUCGGAACAACUCGAGGAGCAAUGAUUGCUGCUGGUAACACAACAACAAGACUUUUAGGCACUUUUCAACAUGUUGAACAUGUUUUCCUUGUUGGUCUUGGUGGCGGUGUUGCCCAUUAUACAGAUUUUAGUAAACACGUUCGUUUAGGGGAUGUUGUGGUUUCAAUUCCUCCACCUACUACAAGUAAUUCACCUACACACAAACCAUACAUUUAUAUACAUUGUGAAAAGAUUACCAGCUUGGCAGCUGAGGAAAAAGUUAAUGGAAUGAACGGUGAUGAUUCUGCUGAUGGUUUCACCUUUCGAACUUGGGGUCCAGCAAAUUUGGAGCUUCAAGAAUUGAGUCAAAAAUUGUUGAAAGAGGGAACAUCAGAUGAAAGUAAAAGAACUUGGGAAACUAAUUUAAUCACUGGAAUUGAGACAUUAAAAUGUCAUGAAACGGAUUUUACUCGACCCGCACCAGAAACGGAUAAACUAUUUAUGGCAUUAGGAGCAAAAGAUGUUUUAGAAGUGAUUCAUCCUGAGGUUCCUGAAGGUGUUCAUGAUCCACGAACAAAAGGAAUGCCAAUGAUUCACUUUGGUGCCAUUGCAUCGGGUCGAUCAGCUGUACGCGAUGAUCAGGUGCGAGCUGAGAUUGCAACUAAAUUUGGUGUUUAUGCUUUUGAUUCUGAAUUUGACACAGUCGUUGAAUCAAUCCACGGAAAUCGAAAAGAGAAAUAUAUUUUCAUUAGAGGAAUUUGUGAUUACAAAGACGGGACUCGUAAAAAAGAGUGGCAACCUUUCUCUGCCCUAGCAGCUGCAUCAUUCAUGAAAUCGAUGAUUAUGACUUUACCUUUAACAGUUGAUGAAUAAUUUGAUGGGCAAGUUCAACCUUUAAGUCAGGAAAAUAAUCAAACGAAGAGAGUCAAGCUAACCAAUCUACUAAGAAAUAAUCAAAAUGAGUUUCAGGUUAUAUGGAACCUGAGUCAAGGAAAACCCUCAAUAUUUCCUUUUGCAUUUUCUUCUCUUUCAAGUCACCAUCUCAAGCCAUCAUCAAAUAACCAUGUAAAGCUACUCUAUUUAAACUGUGAAUCAUCAAAUUUUUCUAAUUUAUUAUUUGUUAUGUUUGUUUUUUUGUGCUUUCCUCGUCAUCAUUUUCAAGUUAUCAUCAUUCAUUUAUUUCUUCACUACAGACGCAAAUAAUACCAGAUCUCUACAUAACAUAACAUACAUACACAAUUUUAAACAAAUUAAUAAUAUAUACAUAUAUAUGUAUCAAUUUAUAUAGAAACAUAUUAUCUGGAUUCUCCAUUCUGGACUCUUGGCUCAUGCCAAAUGUUUAACAACUGAAGCUACGGAAACCAACCAAAGACAAAAAAUUGAGGCAAUUGGACAACCUGAAUUUAGUUGAUUAAUCACCAAACAAGUCAUUUUAUGGGGCAAAAUUCAAUAUUAAUUAUGUUAAAGGUUUCAAAGAAUCUUUUUCAUCAUUAAACUGGUCAAAUCUAUUCAACUCAGACAUGCAAAAUCAACUUUUGGUUUGUGAACGCUGAUGGAGUUGAUGAACGCUGAAUCCAGAUGGCGCCCCUGUUAUUAGCAUUUUUGUUUAUUUUGAGUUCGUUUUAAAUCAAAACCUGAUGUGAUCAUUUACAAUGAUUGACAAUUAACCAAUCUUCAUGAUCUUUCAACUAAAGCUCAGUUCAACUAAGAGAUUAAUACUUGGAAUGAGAAGCAAAAUGUUGCAAUUGUUUAACCAUGUUGAUUGUGCCAAAUCAUCUAUUUUGUUUUUCUUGUUAAUACACAUAGUAUUUCCUAUUCAGCAACACACGAUUCACCUGCAUCAUUUUCCCUCCACACUAGAAUAGCUUUGGUGACAUAAGCUUUCAAUAAUUGCUUCAACCGCAUUCACAAGUGCAUAAGCUCAAAAAUUGUAAUAAUUAAGACGAUAUUUGUUUAACGACAGCAAAAAACAACGACACUAACCUCCAAUUAAAAGCUAAAUUUUACCAGGCAAACAUACCAGCCCUUAAUAUCCAAGCAACUUAACUAAUAAUUUCCGACAAAACUGAUUUGCUCAUCAUUUUUCCCCAUUUCAAUUGUAAUAUUUUCAUAUGGUUUACAGAUUGGUGCUAUUGAGCCUACAAGUUGAACACAUUUUCACCCAAAUCAUCAACUUAAAUCUGUAAUUGUUAAUAUUCAUUCGUCUUCUACUCAACACUUAUCACUAUUUGGUUGCUCAUCUCAAUACAACUGAAUACUUCUUAAAGCCAAUGAUUACUCAAAAACAUUUUGGACUGAUUCAUGAUAACCCAACAUAACCUUUCCUAAACCAAAGCUUACCAGAGAUAUCGGACUGAAAACGGAAAUUGGACUUUAAAAUAAAAUCAGUAUCGCAUUCAAUUACUGAUGACAAUUUAACUAAAAAAUAUGCAUUAAAAAGGAUCCAUUUCAGCCCAACAACUCGGAUCAAAAUGGAUGAAUAACAAUCUAAUCCAUAAUUUUUCUGGACUUCAUCUACCAUGUUGGAUCAGAAUAUUUCAUUUAUAUAAAGACUAUCAGGAUUAUCGAAGGAGAUAUUACUUAACUGGAGAAACUUCAUGAAAGAAAAUUAUCUAAUAUAAUUACUUAAUUAACUAGUUCUGGCUGAUUUUUAUUUUGUAUUCUGUGAAUCUGAAUUUUAUCAAUUUUUCCUUGUCUCCUAAAUAUCUCGUAAUAAUCCUAAAUAUAAUAUUGAUUAACCUUGA